AUGAUGUGUACCAAUUUUUUGUUCACCAGGUCCUCUGACGUUUCCGGAAUGGAACUGGUCUCGUCCUUCAAGUACACGUUGGAAAUCAGCUCGUCCCAUGCCUUACCACCAACACCAACAACAGUCUUGGUCUCCUUAGUGGCAGGAACCUUCAACGAAGCAAAAUGUCUGUUUGGUUCCAAAAUGGAGGAGAAUCUAGGCGGAAGUUCGACUCUGCGCUAUGGUAAGAACCAGCUGAGGAAGAAGAGCGACCCCGUUGCAAGCUGUUCGGUAUCUGAGCGUCAACGUCCAAGUCGUCGUCGUCAUCAUCAUCAUCAAGUCCCUCUUCGUCGUUCAAGUCGUCGUCGUCGUCUUCUUCAUCCGAACUAG